AUGAGUUCAUUUUUGAGAGGAGCCAUUCUUUUUAUUUUUAUUUUUCCGAUAUUAAGUCUUCGGAUUCUGAACGAAUCUUCCCUGAACUGUACGCAACAGGAAGUGACAUGUAAAGUCACCACAAGUAAUUGUCUGGAUCCACAAUGGCUGGAGCCAAACGAUUUCACUCCUACUGGUCCGCUUGAUCUGAAGGCAGAGGUGAAGUUGAGAGAAAACGAGGACGGUGACUUGGUUCCUGUGAUUGUAGCGCAAUGGAAAGCAAGGGAUGAUGGGAGCAUUCAGACUUUGAAUAGCACUGAGCUGGAAGUGAUGAUGGUAUCGACUAAUGCCCGUUUAUGUGUCCGUUACACUUUCCUCAAUAAAUUUCCAAGGAUGAAGAAAACGGACAACGAACAUUGGUCUUUUACCCUGGAUCAAGUAGUGGUGGACCCAGAACAGAAGUAUCUUGUGGCAGUCUCAAACAUACCAAAGCCAAACAUUCAGCAUUCCAGUUACAACAUUAACAAAACGAUCUCUGUCCCAGGUUGCAAAGACCCUGAAAUUCGAAAGACUGGCUAUUGUUUGAAGAAUGGUGGUUUAUGGGACCCCAUUAUUACAGUGAAGAAGUCCACAGGAGUACAGAACACAGCAGUCCUCUUUAUGGAAUUCAGCAGUGCAGAACAUUCUGAAAGAUAUAAGGUUUUUACCAAGUGUGACAGUCAGCAAAAAGACAACACCCUCUGGAAGAACAAUAGCACAACACUCAAUGUGACAUAUGACCUUGAAAGAUGGCCUAGGACCUGCUGCAAUUUUGAUGUCCAGAUCCAGCCAUUUUUCAAGGAGUGUCAAAAUGAUUGCGUGAGGAAAAAAAAAAGUUUUAACAUAUGUGAGGUUGUAGGACCAUCCACACCACCCAAAAAUGAUUGGAUUUGGGUAAUUUUGGCUGGAGUAAUUGGACUUGUUUUUGGAAUUGCAUUUUGUUUGAUUUAUUCACGUUGUAGGAAGCGGGAAGGUCCCUCCAAGAAGCCUGAACCAGGCCAAGAGCUUUGCAAGCCUCUCCCUCCUGAAACUCGCACAGUGUUGAUCAUUUACUCUAAGGACCACCCUCUAUACACAGAAAUUGUGUUAAAGCUCUGUGCCUUCUUGCGGGCCAAAUGUGGGACAGAGGUUGUCCUGGACUUGCUUGAUACUUCCUGGCUCGGAGCCAUUGGCCGUUUACCAUGGUUGGAGCAGCAGAAACGUCGCAUUGAAGAAUCUUCCGACAAGAUUCUGGUCCUGUGCUCCCGGGGUGUCCAGGCCAAGUGGGAGGCAAUGUGUGGUAAAGGCACAAUUACUUUACGUGAGGAUGUGCGGUCCCCAACAGGCGAUACACUGACCCCUGCCCUUAACCUUAUGCUGCCUGAUUUGCAACAAGCUGCCUCCUUUGGAAAGUACAUGGUAGCCUAUUUUGAAGACAUUAGUAGUGAACAUGACGUGCCAUCCAUGUUUCACAUUGCUGUCAAGUACAAGCUGAUGAAGCACUUUGAGGAGCUGUACUUCCGUAUCCUGGAUUUGGAAAAAUAUCAACAGGGAGAAGUGCGUAGCAUCGAGGGCAUUGGCAUUGAUGAGUAUUUCAAUUGUCCUUCGGGUAGAGCCCUGAGGGAUGCCAUUGAAACUUUCCAGGCUCACCAGUUGGAGAAUUCAGACUGGUUUGAAAAGGAGUGUAUGAAUAGUGAAGAUGAAGUAAGAGUGGAAAGUGACCCACUUCUUAACCAACACAUUUACCCAGUUCUUCAGCGUUUACCUGUAUACAACGAAGCACUUCCAGUCUUAAUCCAUGAAGUAGAAGUCCAUCAAGAAGAUCAAGGCCAGAGUGUUUAUGCCCAGACACCACAAAUUAAUCAGGGAUUGGACAGGCCCUCUGUCGUGGAAUUAAAUUUGAGAGUUGAUCCAAGAUCAAAUGAAGUGUAUUCCAGUCAACCAGUAGUGGAGCCUCCACCUGGAGUACUCAUAUCUGAUGUCUGCCCUGCUGUCCUAGAAAGCCAACCAUGCUGCAAAGCUGAUCUUCAUCUCCAGGGACCCUCAGAGCUGGGAGGAAUUGUGCAUUUGCCACAAGGGGGAUUGAUGACCGAAGGCUUCCCUACAGAAAUUGGGGAGGUACAACCUUCCACUUCCUUGAGCAGACCAUCUCCAGAGGCCAUCCAAAAUUUGCUGGCUCUCCAGUGCUCUCUCAGUCCCUUUGAGGUAACAGGUCCACAGCUAAAGGAGGAGGCAUGUUCUCAUUCAUCACAAGAACAGAACAUCUCCCAGCCAGUGGAGAUAGAGGAGACUGAGUUGGAGGAAUCAUCAGGAAAGAGACAAUCCAGAGGAUCAGAUCAAGGUUAUAUCUCAAAGGACUCUUUUGACAGAGAAGAGCCCCCAAGAUCCCCAAUGACUGCUUUAGUAAUGUUACAAGAAACACUUUUCAAGAACAGUCUCUUAUCAUCUGGUUUUGGAACUGAAAUAAUGGGGAGCAGAGAACAUUUACAGUUUGACCAUCCAAAUUGAUGACACCUCUUGACUUUUGAAAAGAGUGAUAGUGUAUC